AUGGAGGAAAUUGUUGUAAAAGAAUUAAAUGCAAGAACACCGUCAUACAUAUUAGCUGUAUGUGAAAGUAUUCAGGAAGUUAGGAAAAAUAUUAAAAUUGGCAAGAAAAAUGUAAAAAGUAAAGAUGAAAUAAAAGAAAAUAAAAUAUUAAAUAUUAAAGAAAUUGUUUUGAGAAAAAUGACACGAGGUAACUUAGUUGAUGUAAAUAUUAAUUCGAGAAAAGCAUUGCAUUCGGAUGCUAUUAAAAAAUUAAUAAUAAACAAGUAUAAAAAUGAUGAUUCAUUUAAAGAUGCAAUUGAUAAUAAUCCAAGUAUUUAG